AUGGUAGAGAAAAUCUAUAAAUACAAUUCAAAAACUGCGUUCAAAAAAUAUAUUGCAUGCACUCUUGGUAGACAAAUAAAAUUGUUAAAUCUUUUCAUCGAAACAGCCACCCAUGCAGAGGCAAACUUUCUCUGUAGUAUUUGUCACGUUGAGGCUCCAAUGGGAAUGAAAGGAGAAUGCAAUACAGUGGAGUUAGACAGAUCGUGUACAGAUAAGUCCAUGGAGAAAGUAGAAACCGUGGUUGAAGAUGACGAAUUGGUCCUGAGAAGAUUUUAUUCUGAAGAGAAGAGCAAUUUUAACUGGGGCAGUCGGGCUUUCCAUUAUCCACAACUUCAGGGGCAAUCUUUGAAACUGUUCAAGGAAGUUGCUGAAAUUUGGGGAGAAGAUUCUGAAUGCGACAGGUCUAUUAAGCAAGUUAUCAAAAACAGAAACUAA